UACGAUAUCUUUGUUGCAGUGGAAUACGUACUUCACUGAGAAGCGACAUCUGCGCUUGCGUGAAUAUGAAUAAUAUCUUUUCAAUCAUCUUUUCAAUAACGGAACAAAAUUGCUCCGAUUGGUUAACGCCAUUUGCCCUUUCCGUUUCUUUUCCGUUCCGCUAUUUCGAAUUCCAUGUGAUCGUACCUUAACUCUUCAUCAUCCACUACUGUGAUUGUUACUCAAAGAGUCUUUAGUUCGCCUCCGUGGCGGUUGGAAGUGGUUUCUGUAACUACGCAUAUUUUUUGAUCGUGAGGACCGCGUACGCGUUGUCCCUGUUUUUCUUUUACCUUCAUACUACUGGAAAAUGGCGUAUGGACAAAGCUGAAUGCAAUCCGGAGCCAUAUAUUGAACUGAACUGAACUGUGGUUGUUACUCCGUCGUUUCGUAGCACGUGCUGUUAUUCGCGUAUUGUGUUGUUUGUUGAAGAAAUAUGAAAGUAACGAAAAAAAGUACAGUAUCCUUCCAGGAGCCAGUCCUGAGGAAGGUUGCUAAGAGCAAGCGAAAGACAUCGACGCCGAAAGCGGGCGUCAGUCUCGAGAAAGCGGUUAAAAAUGUUCAACAGAUUUUUAAGAAGGAAAAUACAGAAAUUAAAACUAAGAAAAAGCCUGAUGUGCGAACUAAACCUACGACAAAAUCCAAAUCCACAUCGAAAACUAUAUCAAAAGCUACAUCACUCAAAGAAAAAAGACCCCAAGAUAGAGGCAUUGUUUAUAUAGGGCACAUACCUCAUGGAUUUUACGAAGAGCAGAUGAGAGAUUAUUUUAAACAGUUUGGCAAGGUCACAAGAGUACGAGUGGCAAGAUCCAAAAGAACUGGAAGAAGUCGUGGCUAUGGCUACAUCGAAUUCAUGCACAAGGAUGUCGCCAAGGUUGCAGCAAACACAAUGCAUAAUUAUCUCAUGUGUGGUCGAUUGUUAAAAGCUACAUAUAUUCCGCCUGAGAAGCAACAUCCUGGCUUUUUCUUGGGAUUCAACUGGUCGGAAGACCAGUAUCCCAAGCUAAAAAAUCGACGAAAAGUAACCACACAAAGAAAUAACAGUCAAAGCACAGAAGAUUACAAAAAUUUUGUCAAGAGUUCGCUAAGCAAGCUCUCCGCGUUAGAAGGUAAACUGCAAAAGAAGGGAAUCAGCAUAAAAUUUCAAGCAGUCGACGUGCCACAACUGUAACAGUUUCACUUGGUUCUUUAUUAUAUAAUUUGAUAAUAGAUUAUUUAUGCGGAAUAAAGAAUGGGGAUUUAACAUCCA